AUGACGAAGUUGCCCCUGCUGGACGUACGGGCGGGGAGCGUGGAGGAGCCGAAGCCCAAGGAGGAGGUGGUGGGGAUGACUUGCGUGCCGCUGCGCAAGUUCUGUUGGCUGCUCGACCUGAUCUGCAUGGUCAAUUGGGAGAGUUCGUGCAGCCCCCACCACCUGAAGUUUCAGAAUGGACUCAGGUCAAAGGUGCAGCGCCUGCAGGAGCGGCUCGCGGAUGCGCAGGCUGCGACGCAGGCGGCGCUGGAGGCGGAGCGAGAGGCGCAGCCGAAGAAGACGGCCGCGGACGAGAUGGCCGCGGCCUUCAAGGCGGAGGACUCGACCUCUCAGAAGCAGCAGGAGCUCGCGGCGGCUGCGGCGGCCGCGCGCGCGGCGGAGGCGCGGGCGCGGGCCGCGGGCGCUCCCCCAAGCAAGGGGCGGCGGGCGGCCCGCGUGCCCCGCCAGGCGGCGGGCCUGCGGGCGCAGGCGUGCCUGGCGUUGGCGGCGCGGCCGAUGGCCGACCGCCCCGUGGUCGGAGCUGGCGGCGCCCGCGGCCCCGCAGCUGAUGGUGAUGCACCGAUGCAUGCUGAUCUACCGGACCCCACUGGCAGUGAUGAGCUUCGCGUGCGCGAGUGUUGUGCUGAACGUCGGCUGCCCGCCCAGUUCGUGGAGCAGUUCGUGCGGCUGCAGAAGCAGAUCUACGAGAUACCCUGGUCGGAGGCGGGGCCCGAUGCGGGGUCUGAUGCUGGUGAUCUUCUGCCUCCUGACGGCGCCGAUGAGCCGGCCGCCCUCAGGAAGCGCUCCCUCGAGGGCGCCAUGGAGCAGUCCGACCAGCACCGCAUGGAAGAGCUCAUGUCCCAGAG